CUAUCGAUCUACUCUGCUCAUCCGUCUCCUCCGCCGCUGCCUCCACAUCAUCAUCAUUAUUACCACCACCACCAUCAUCAUCACUUUCAUCCACGUGGGUUUCACCCACCCCAACCACGCGCUCAUCCACUUUUUGUCAAUCGUCCUUAUCCAUCGCACCACCACACCCCGUCCUCUAAUACAACUCCCUCUGAGGUCUCCCGUGGGGCGCCCUACCACUCGCUCCCUUCCAUUUCUCCUCCCGGGCAUGCGGAUCAGACGGAUUCGCCACAUGCGCGACUGCCUCUAAGAGCACCAUCUUUUGACCAACCAGAUGCCAGUCCGUCAUCGGAGAGUCGACUCUGGCAGAUGCACGAGGCCCGUAAUCCUUUGCAGCGCGAGGAGACAGGAAAGCGCCGCUAUUCUUCUGACUUUCAUUUUCAAUUAAAAAGGGGCCGAACAGCAGAAGACCACGUGGAUCUGGACAACUACCAAUACGUUUUAUUCUUUGACGAUCUUAAAAAGUGCUGCCCUCAUAAAGAAGCUUAUUAUAACUUUUUACGGCUUCUGAAUCUCUACAACUCUCAUUUGAUUGGCCGUGAGGACCUCUUGGAAAUUGCUGCGAAAUUUAUAACCACGAAGAACGAGAAAGGAGAGAUUGAUAGAACAACAAAGCUAUAUGUGACUUUUAAGGAAAUGCUGGGCUUUAGUUGUAAAGAAGAAGAAAAUGACUUUCAAGCGCCUUCUUCAGACGCAUUUCUUGUAGAUGUGAAGAAUUUUGACUUCUCCACGUGCAAGCGUUACGGUUUUUCUUAUAGGCAUAAACCAAUUGAACAAUGUAAUCAGAAAUGCUCAGGAAAAACUAAACUUUCCGAUGAAGUUCUAAACGAUCGGCUCGUUUCUUUCUCUAUACUCACGUCCGAGGAAAAAGUCGAUUCGAAAAAAAAUGUAUAUGAAGAGGCACUUUAUAGAGUUGAAGAUGAACGUUAUGAGCUUGAUAUGGUGCUUGCUUCCAACUUAGACGCCAUUCGCCAUUUGGAAUAUCAAUUUAAACGUCUGCAGGAAUUUAGUGAAGAGGAACGUUACCUUCAAAAGUUGGAUAGUAAACUUGGAGGCACUUCUGAAGUCCUCUGCCAUGCGGCCAUAGAGAGGAUUUAUGGCGAAAAAGCGCGUGAGGUUGUUGACGGGAUCAUGCGACACCCGACCUCUGUUCUUCCAAUAGUAUUGAAGCGUUUGAAGCAAAAAGAUGAUGAUUGGAGAAAGGCAAAACGUGAUUGGGAUAAAAUUUGGCGGGAACUUACUGAGAAAAAUUUUGCUCGCUCUCUCGACUACCAAUCGCCUUCGUUUAAAGCCAACGACAAGAAAGCCAUUGCAGUGAAAACGUUAUUGGCCGAGAUUGAAACUAUUAAUAGUGAGAGCGAUAAAAAACCGCAUUAUGAACUUGUAUUUGAAGAUGAAGAUGUUCUUAAAGAUUGCAUAGAACUUUUGCUUUUUUAUAUAAAUAAGGAACAGUUUGAGAACUCUUAA